AUGUGUGCUUCUCUCUCUUUUAUUAUGUGCUUCUCUUCUUUUAUGUGUUCUUCUCUCUUAUACGUGUGCUUCUCUCUUUUUAUGUGUGAACUUCUCUUUUUAUGUGUGCUUCUCUCUUUUACGUGUGCUUCUCUCUUUUAUGUGUGCUUCUCUCUUAUAUGUGUGCUUCUCUCUUUUAUGUGUGCUUCUCUCUUUUAUGUGUGCUUCUCUCUUUUACGUGUGCUUCUCUCUUUUAUGUGUGCUUCUCACUUUUGUGUGCUUCUCUCUUUUAACUUCUUCUCUCUUUUAUAUACACGUGCUUCUCUCUUUUAUGUGUGCUUCUCUCUUUUAUGUGUGCUUCUCUCUUUUAUGUGUGCUUCUCUCUUUUAUGUGUGCUUCUCUCUUUUAUGUGUGCUUCUCUCUUUUAUGUGUGCUUCUCUCUUAUACGUGUGCUUCUCUCUUUUAUGUGUGCUUCUCUCUUUUAUGUGUGCUUCUCUUUAUACGUGUGCUUCUCUCUUUUAUGUGUGCUUCUCUCUUUACGUGUGCUUCUCUUUAUACGUGUGCUUCUCUCUUUUAUGUGUGCUUCUCUCUUUUAUAUGUGUGCUUCUCUCUUUAUGUGUGCUUCUCUUUAUAUGUGUGCUUCUCUUCUUAUAUGUGCUUCUCUCUUUUAUGUGCUUCUCUCUUAUAUGUGUGCUUCUCUCUUUUAUGUGUGCUUCUCUCUUUUAUGUGUGCUUCUCUCUUAUACGUGUGCUUCUCUCUUUUAUGUGUGCUUCUCUCUUUUAUGUGUGCUUCUCUCUUAUACGUGUGCUUCUCUCUUUUAUGUGUGCUUCUCUCUUUUAUGUGUGCUUCUCUCUUUUAUGUGUGCUUCUCUCUUAUACGUGUGCUUCUCUCUUUUAUGUGUGCUUCUCUCUUUUAUGUGUGCUUCUCUCUUUUAUAUGUGUGAACUUCUCUCUUUUAUGUGUGCUUCUCUCUUAUAAUUGUGCUUCUCUCUUUUUAUGUGUGCUUCUCUCUUUUAUGUGUGAACUUCUCUCUUAUUAUAGCAUACUUCUCUCUUUUGUUUUAUUCUCUCUUUUAUGUGUGAACUUCUCUCUUUUAUGUGCUUCUCUCUUUUUACGUGUGUUUCUCUCUUAUAUGUGUGCUUCUCUCUUUUAUGUGCUUCUCUUAUCUCUUUACGUGUGCUUCUCUCUUUAUAUGUGUGCUUCUCUCUUUUAUGUGUGCUUCUCUCUUUUUUAUAACUGCUUCUCUCUUUUAUGUGUGAACUUCUCUCUCUUUAUAGUGUGCUUCUCUCUUUUAUUUGUGCUUCUCUUUUAUAUGUGUGCUUCUCUUUUAUGUGCUUAUUAUAGUGUGCUUCUCUCUUUUUUUUUAUGUGUUAUUCUCUCUUUUUUAUAUGUGUGA